AUUUCUUCAGGGGAGAGCUGCCGUGGAAGACCUGCAGCUAGAUGGAAACUAAAGAAAUACCAUGCAAUUGAAUACGUUCAGUUGUAUGGAUUUUUUUUGGUUUUCAUCUAGAAGAUGAGGCGCAGGGCGUUCCUAGCUGUGCGGCAAUUCUAGAGGUGGACCCAGAAAUGGCCCGCAUUGGGUCCAGGUCUAGGGUCGCCCCCCACGACGUAGAGACGUUCAUGGAGUACCUGAACACGGUUCAGCUGCAGAAGGAUCAGAACAUCGAUCAGUACAUGAUCCGCAUCAACAGCAUGCAAGUGGUCGAGGGCCUCAUGCGAUACCACGAGAAGAGGCGCAAGAUGGCGAAGCCUGGCCAGCCCACCUACUUCGGGAACGAGAACGGCCAGAACGUGCGCAAGCAGGAGUUCAAGAAGCGCCGCCCCAUCCGCAUUCCCAAGAGGAAGGUGAAGCCGGCCUUCGAGCUCGAGGUCCACGUGGUGCAGCCACCCGCUCAGGUGCCCAACGACAACUAAACGUCUCACGCCUUGUAGUAUCUUAAAUACUACUCGUAUAAAUGUUCAGUGUCCCCACAAUCCCCAUGUAUUCUCGUGUCCCUGCAAUGUAACCCCAUCCCUGUUUCCAAUCGAUGUGCGUCCUUGUCCCUGUGUCCAAUUGGUGUCCAUAUAAUCGAUAUAGAAAGUCUCACACCUAUCUAUCUAUUCUAUCCCCGUCAUUCCCAAAACCUGUCGUAUCUCUAUAUCUCUAUUGACCUUGUAAUUUCGUACUAUAUUCGGAACGCGAUCGUGAAAAUAAAACUAAUGUAACUAUA